AUGUCAGUCGUCACUCACGACAUAGCCCCCGAUGGGGACGUCUACAUCGUCCUCCGGAACCCCAACGCCGUAUCCGUUAUUCCCAUUGUCAAACUUCGCAAGUAUGGCACUGAUCCACCUGAAUACAUCCCAGAUAACAAUGUUGUGGCCUCGCCUUCGUGGAAAGUGCCAGCACUUAAAGACAAACAGGCUUCUGAGUAUCGCUUUCGAGUUUCUUCGCAUCAUUUGACAGCUGCCUCUCCGGUAUUUCGGAAAAUGCUCAAGGGUCCCUGGAAAGAGUCAGUACCCCCUGAGGCAACGACUUCUUGCGAGGUUUCGGACCAGACUCCUGCGGUACCCAUCAUUCGUGAGAUCUCAGCAACUGACUGGAACGUACACGCCUUUGUUGCUGUACUUAACAUUAUCCAUGGCCGCAAUUAUGAAAUCCCGCGAAAUAUCGGCAUUAGGAUCAUUACCGACAUUGCCGUCAUUGUCAACUACUACGAAUGUGCCGAGUCUGUGACCCUCGCAGCAGAGUUGUGGAGAUCAAUGGUAAAUGUCUCCCAAAAAUACGGCAGGCGUUCCAUCAUGUUGCUGUUUGUUUCUUGGGUUUUCUUCUGGGACGAAAAGUUCUCUUCAAUGGCUCGAUUGGUGCUGGAGCACGGUGAAGGCUCAGAGAAUGUAGAUACCCAGGACCUUCCCAUCGCUGUGGUCUUUGAAAAGCUCGAUAAGAAGAGGGAACCUCUUUUGCCGCUUAUCUUCCAGAGACUCAGACAGCUACGGGCAGAUAUACUGAAUAAGCGUAUUGGGUGUAGCCUUGAAUGCAGGAGAAUGCUACUUGGGGCUCUUGAUGGUGAUAAGCACGACAUGCAAAAGGAACUCGGAAGCUGGGACCACGGACACAAGGGAGUCUCUGUUGCUCGUGUGAUGGACACCCUAAACAGCUGUCCUUCGCCUGAAUGGAAAGACCCCAAGGAAAAGUGUCCAGUUCACUCUCCAAAUUGCAGUAUCAAAGCUCUCAUGAAACCGACAUUCGAUAAGAUCAGAGAAGAUUUCAAGACGAUCAAACUCGCCGACUUCCAAGCUAAGAAGAAAGUUCUGCCAGAUGUUUCUCUUCGCCAACAGCAGUACACUUGGCGAGACUACUUGCCUGACCAUGAUCGCCUCGAUGUCCCGCCUAUGACUUCUCCUCUUCCCUAUUUCAAAAUCCACGAUGAAGAACCCGUCGAAAUCCGCCUUCGCGUUUCUUCCGCUCAUAUGACUCUCGCUUCACCCGUGAUCAAGAAAAUGCUUCAAGGUCCAUGGACCGAAAGCGCUGAACCUGGUUCUCUUGACUCUGUCAACGCUUCCUCUGCCCCGAGCACGUCAAUUCGCGAAAUUUCUACAAUCGGAUGGAACGCAGAUGCUCUGGUCGCUGUUCUCAACGUCAUCCAUGGCCGCCACAGCGAUGUGCCACAGGAAGUUCAUCUCAGAUUCUUUGCUGACUUUGCAGUCAUUGUCGACUACUACCAAUGCGACAGCGCCGUUCUGUGUCUUCCACUUCUUUGGUACAAAUCUCUCUACGAGGCCCCCAAGCGACUCGGGAGGAAGCCCAUCCUGUGGCUGUACAUCAGCUGGGUCUUCUCCUGGCAUGAAACCUUUGCCGAUAUGGCAAUGUUGAUCUGGAAGAAUGGCGAGGGUCCGGACCUUGUCAAGACCUACGAUCUCCCUAUCGCUGAGAUCCUCGAGAAUCUGGACAACAAAAGACAAGAGGCUAUCAAGACAGUCUUAGAGGAGCUUGACAACAUGAUUGUUGAACUUCAAGAGGACCAUGCCGACGACACAGUCUGGGAUGGUUGGGGCCCUCUUCCAACUGACCACGCACGCCGUUGCAUGGCUCUGGGCUCAGCGCUACGAGAGAAACGCCGACUGGACAAACUAAACCCCCCUCUCGCAGCUCCAUACACGGGAUACUCUUUUUCUAAGAUCAACAGCAUGGUCCAUGGGUUUCGUUCACUAGGGAGGCACAUGGAGCAACACGACACUUAUGUAUCCGAUGGCGAAAAUGAAUGGGUUGCAGCGCCAGCAGAACAGGAAGACAGUCCCAAACAGCGACUGAAGAACAAAAUCGACAUCAUCCUGAGUGAUAUCGAAUGGCUCAACUUGGCAAACUUCAGAGAUUAA